AUGAGACUUUCACUGCUCGGCAAAAAUAAAAAAAUAUUGUUAGUGGGUGAAGGUAAUUUUUCAUUUGCUGUAACGUUACUGAAGUAUAAUUUAAAUAUUGAUUUGACUGCUUCAUGUUUUGAAAACAACAUAAAUGAAAUAAGUAAAAAAAAUACAGAUAUUUUAAAAAGAUGUGGAGUUCAAGUUUUUCUAGGAGUGGAUGCAACAAAAUUAGAAGAACAUAAAAUUUUAAGUAAAGAAAAUUUUGAUAUAGUUAUUUUCAAUUUUCCUCAUGUUGGAGGUAAAAUGAGAAUAGAAAAAAAUAGAGAAUUGUUAAGAAAAUUUUUUAUGUCGAUUAGAGCUGUUUUAAAAAGCGAUGGAGAAAUUUUUUUAACUUUAUGCGAUGGCCAAGGUGGUACACCGGCAGAUAAGGACAUCAGAUAUUGGCAUGAUUCUUGGCAGGUAACAGAAAUGGCAGCUCAUGGUCGUUUCAUCCUGGUUGCCGUGGAACCGUUUGAUUCUUCGUUAUUUGAAUCAUAUACUGUCACUGGAUAUAGAAGUUUAGAAAAACGGUUUAAUACGCAAGGAUCUCUUACUCACAUUUUCAAAUUAUCUGAAAAACCUACUAUUGACAAUAUUGCACCUAAGGAAAAAAUUGAUUUAAAAAUGUAUGAUAACGUUGUGAAUUGGCAAAAUAUAAUUUCUGAUAUUAGUAACAUUAGUAAUAUUAGUAAUGAUUAUAAUUUGUCUUUAUAUCCUAAAAGUUAUACAUUUGAUAUAACAUUACCCAUUACUUCAGGAUUUAAUAUUAUAAAAUUUUAUGAAACUUUAUACAAUUUUGCAGGUCUUGUAAUAAGCAAUGUAGAAUUACUUAGGUACUAUAAAUUUUAUAAAUUGAAAGAAACUAUAACAUUCAGAAUAACAUACGAAUCUAAAAAAUUUCCAUUAUAUAGAAAAUUAACAAUAGAUUUGCAUGAAAAUGUGAUACCAAAAAUUAUUAAUAAAUAUUUAAAUAUAUUUGUACCAAGUUGA